GUUGGGGAAAUAGUAAUGGCAGACAAUCUAGAGAACAUUGCAGAUAUGAAGAAUAUUUCUUUGCUAGCGUGCUUCGUUUAGGACCAUCAUGGUGGACGGAUUUGGAGCAAUCACUUGGUGGGGAUUUAGUCCGGCUCUUGAUCUGCAAGACAAAUACCAGUCUUUAUUAUCCAAGUUAGAAAAUUUGGACAUCUCCGAAGAUGGUGCAAGAAAGCAAGGAAAGUGCACUAUCCUGAUCAUAGGUGCAGGGGAUUGUCGACACAUUUUCAGGACCAUUGCACAUGCCUACAGACACACCAAGAGAGAUCUCAGUAUAUAUGUUGUAGAGAACAGUCUUGAGAUUUAUGCAAGACACCUUUUACUAUUAUCUAUUGCACUUGAACCCAAAGAGAGACUGGGACUGCAAGAAAAGACAGAGUUAUUUCUUGAGCUGUUUGGGAAUAGCCUUGUGAGACCACAAGCAAGUGAAUAUUUACAGCAGAGAUCAACUGACUUUAUCAGGAUGGUAACAGAUUCUGAUUUCCUUGAGGCUUGCUUGCCUGUGUUUAACUUUUCACAGCUGAAGUUUAAAGAGAGAGAUCAGUUAGAGAGCAUCUUUAAAUUCUGGAGAAAUACAGAUCCUAAGCUGUUUGAUAUCUGCAGACACUGGGAGGAAAGGUUGAGGCAAUAUUUUGCAGUACGUUAUGACUCGAGGCAGAAUAUUUUUGACUGGGACUACAAUAUGAAGUUGUCCAAAAAGGCAUCAAUUAUCAAUGCCCAUGAGUACAAGAGCUGGCGAGAACAAGGUGUGGCUUUUGAGCUUCGCAGUGACUCGACAUAUGAAGCGUCUAACAGAACUUUAGCCUCUGGUAUUAUAGUAAAAAAGGAUGGAGAGCGGAUUGCACGCAGAGGCUUCCGGGGUGAUAUCAUAAACAGCCCUUAUUUGGCAUUCGGUAUUGAGAGCGAGGAGGAGUCACUGUUUAGAACCUCCAAUGGACAGUAUGUUAAAACAGCAACGAGUGUGUCGGAAUAUAACGUCACUGCCCUCAUGCACGAAAUAAUGACGGGAGAAAAGUAUGUCCCGCCAAAGAUUGACGAGAAGAAGGCCAAUCACGGGAAGGCGACUUUACACGAAGUCAAAGAAGAAGAAGAAGAUGAAAAAGAAGCCGAAGAAUUGAAAAAUGCAGAGGAAAGGGUAGUUAACGAUACCAAGCGGGAAACACAAGGUUACAUGAAGUGUCCUGGUAUCACGGUGUCCUUCCUUCCUCUGAACUGUGUUCCUGAUCUCUCCAAGAAAAGCAAAUACAACAAGCUGUUUGACGUCAUUUACUUCUCAAACAGUAUGGUUCAUUUAUUGACUCCGGAAGUGAAGGAAAUAUUUGCCGAUGAAGCUGUUGUCAUCGUUGAAACUACCAAGUUCAUGCUGGAUCUUAAACCUGAGCAGAUGCAAGAAUACCUUAAAAAGAUAACGUCCAUGGCCCAGGCUGCUGGAUGUAAGACGGCAGGUCACGCUGAUGGAGAGAAAGAUGCUCACGCAUUCUUCACCUUUCAAAGAUAACAUUCGCUGACUCAAAAUAUUCGUGACCCGUCCAUUUCUGCGUGACCUGUAUUUCGUGACAUAACACUUGUCCUUAGAAUAGUUACUUGUUUAUUUAAUGUUCGCGUCGUGAAUUUUUUUACUGUACAGGUCAUACGUAGAACGAGUGCCAUAGAGAAAAAUAUAAUGAAGUAAUUUUGACGAGCUUGUCACGCGAAGGAAAAAUAUUUCUAUAGUUUCGUGAUACUCGCCGGUACAACAGUUUGUAACGCAACAUUUGGUCACGCAACGAUUUCUCGUUUCAAGUCUCGUGUGUCUGUCACUAUUAACUCUUUUUAUUUAUUUCUAGCAAAAUAAACACUAUGAAUUGUA